CCAUGGUCCGCCUUGUUUCCCUCCAUCUCUGCCAACCUCUCAGUGCUCGGACGUUGCGUUAAGGUGCGGAUCCGAGUCCCGCUCUUGGGGAAAUUUGAGGAAAGUCAAACGACAUAUACGCCUUCAAAGGACAGUAUAAGACAAUUUAAAUUGAAACGACAGACAUUUAACCGCCUUUGUGCAGUUGUUUUGAAACUACAGUAAAAUGGAUCCAAUGACUCAGUCCGCCCAGAUAUCAUCGUCGCAAGGGUUUGCCGAUGGACAAAAUUCUGCUGUCAAAGAAUCAAAGCUGUCCGAUUCCUUUCUUUCCUCUUCGCCUGUAUCUCUCAUUCAGUCUCCUCAAGACAAAAGAGUGGUCCUGGGCUCCGACAAGCCCUGCGAAGGUGUAGCGACAUCCCUUCGCUUUCCUUCUCAACCUGGCUCAUUCACCCCUGGUAAUUAUGGGAGUGAAGCAGGGCCACCAGAUGGACAACCUGAUUCACCAAUAAAGACGUCUCCUGUUUCGGAGCGAAUAAAGGCACUGGAAGCUCUUACUGCCAAAAAGAAAGAACCUGAUUUUAGAAGCGAUGGCAGUUUCUCUCACUUCAGAGACCGCCACCAUGAGAAAUCUCCCACUGAGACACCAAAAUCUCCCACUGAGAAAAUUACACCAACUGUCCAGAAAAGUGGAGGUUCUGCUAAUCAGGAGUCACCAGAAUCCCCCUUUGAAGUACUUGGGGAUUUAAGACAAGAGAAUGAAUUUGAAGAAACGGAAGAUUGGAUGAAGGCUCAUUUGCCUCCUGUGCCAGACUUUGAUGUUGUAGAUUUAAUUAAAGGCACCCUGACUUCAGACAAUGUUACAUCAAAGGAGGCUGACAUAGUUAUACCUGAUGCUCCUGCUGCCUUUGCCGGUGUCCCUGAUGCUUUCAUGGAUUUUCCUGUUGAAGCUCCAAAACUGAAGGAAGAGUUGAGUGAAGCACAGAAGCAGCCAAGUGUUGAGGAGGAGUCUGAGUUUGACGUUAGCUUUUUGCCAACAGCCUACAUGUGGGAUCAGCAGGAAAAAUUAGGUGUCCAGGCUCCAUCAAAUCUCGAUUCAGUGCUUCCUGCUUCACCUGCACCUCCUGCAGGCUUUGGCUCCCCAUCUCCUCCUGUCUUCCCACCAGUUGGCACAGAUGCUAAACAGAAUGUUUCAGAUGAAAAGAAGGCCACUUGGACCGGAGAUCUGGAGCCACCAGAGGCAAGUGAAGCAGACAGCUCAGGAGAGUCAGAUGAUACUGUCAUUGAAGAUGGUGUCACUGUUCCUGCAUCUGUUCCUCCUCCAUCUUCCGAUCCAGCAGUUUCAAAUUAUCCUACCACUACCCCUGCUUCCGCAGCUCCCAAUCUUCCCACUGAGGAAAAGGAGACUCCUCCACCUAAGUCUGAGAGGAAGCUAAUGCAGGUUCCAACUAUUAAUGUUAUUGAGACUGACGAGCCAAAUUACAGUGAAGAGGAGAUGGAAAUGGAGCUUGAAGCAGAGGAAGAUGAGGAUUAUGAGGUUGUUAAAGACCCAGCCAGAGAGGCUCCAAAAACCCCAGAACCAGAGCCAGACGACAGCAAAAAUGAAUCCCCCAAGACACGCCCCCUAGAAACUGAAUUCAUGGAAGGCUACUCUCCUCCAUCCUCGCCUGUGGACUCUGAUGCCGAAUACUCUCCCAAACACCAGAUACUCAGAUCUCUUCCUGAAACAGUCCAUCAGGAAUCUGCAUCAAAACCAGAGGCCCUACCCAAUCAAACUGAUUCAAAAGACUCAGCAUCUGAUUUUUCCCAAGCACAAUCUGAAAAAUCACAGACCACUUCCAAGAAAGUAGAUGAUGAACCCUGCCCUUUCAUAAUCACAAAUGAAGAAGUGGACUUCCCAGACAAUGAUGACGAGUGGUCAGAUGAAGCACAAGAUAUCCUGGUCAAACCUUCCAAGACUGAUCUUAUGUUCAUGGAACCAAUUCCUUACACCCAAUCCAAAGUGGAUGAAAAGAGCAACACAGCUGCAAAAGAGACUUAUAUGGAGACGGCUUCCCUUUCUAAAACCAGCUUCAUGCAAGAUGAUAUAUAUGACAGACAAUCAUUUGAUUAUGAUUACGAUGCAUCCUCUCCCUUGGAUGACAUUGAUGACAAAGGGCUAAUCAAUGCUAAGGAGCGGUUUCUGUGUGAUCAAGCAGAUGUAGGCACUACACAAAAUGUUGUUCCAGAGGUCAGUCAAAAUCUAGACAAUUUCACUUCAGUGAAUGAUGAUGAAGCCUUCCCCAAGCCAGUUGGUCAGGCAUCUAUAAGAGAAUAUCCCCAAGACCCAUAUUCCUCUUUCCAAAGUGAGACACUAAGCAGUGUUAAUGAGCAAGAUUUCAAUAAGAAAAUUAUCACUGACAUUGUUACAGAUAACAUGGCAAAUGGCAACUCCCUCCCAGCACAGAACAUUGGCUCAAAGAUCCAGCAAGACACUAAAGCAGGUCACCAUGUACCUGACACAACAAGCAACCCAGAAACCAUUGACCCAGACAGCCCAGUUUCUGAGCCUACAGAUAGCUUUGUGGAGUUCAUGCGAGAGUGCCUGAAAUCAAGGCAGGAUGAAGAACCUGACGACACGCACCAAGGUGUUCCCUCCAAGAACGAAUUCUGCAAAACUGGUUUGCCUAUUUCCCAAUCCCCUCCAGCCAUGGUGAUGGAUCUUGAACAAGAACAGCUUACUAUCAGUGCUCUCAAGGAGCUGGGCAGCAGUCAAGAAGAGGAGGUGGCAUCUCUCCAGUCGACGGUUCCUGACCAGGACAAAGCUCACCCCAAUGCUUUAUCUAUAGAGCAGUCUUCCUUUACCUCAGUCCCUAAUCUUCCAUGUUCCCAAAGCAACCGUGUGUUCGACAGCACAUAUUCCAAAGAGGUAGAAGCCAUCGAUGAAUGGGUGGCUGAAGCCUAUCAUCUUGCUGAGCAUGUCUUGACAGCAAUACUAACCCACUUAUCAGUUAAGGAUCUGGUCCAUUGGCGAGACCCCAAGAAGUCGGGCUUGGUGUUCGGUCUGUCCAUGCUGAUGCUGCUGUCCCUGGCUGCCUUCAGCGUCAUCAGCGUGGUCUCCUACCUGCUGCUGGCUCUGCUCUGCGUCACCAUCACCUUCCGCAUCUACAAGUCUGUCGUCCAGGCCGUGCAGAAGUCCAGCGACGGACACCCCUUCAAAGCGCUGAUAGAUAAGGAUGUCAGCAUCCCCCCGGAGACUUUCCGCAAGCACGUGGACGCCAGUCUGACCUACAUCAACCGAGCCCUGAAGCAGAUGAGCCGCCUCUUCCUGGUCGAGGACCUUGUGGACUCCCUGAAGCUGGCUGUGGUCAUGUGGCUGUUCACCUACGUAGGAGCCGUCUUCAAUGGAAUCACCAUUCUCAUUCUGGCUGACAUCCUCCUCUUCGCUGUGCCUCCAAUCUACGAGAAGAACAAGACCCAGAUUGAUCAGUACAUCGACCUGGCACGUACUCAAUUCAACACCACAAUCGCCAAGUUGCAAGAGAAACUUCCCGGAGCUGUGAAGCGCAGCAAAACUGAAUGAUCAACCCAAUUAUUAGAAACCUCCAUGUCACCAUCAUCCUCAUCUCAUUACCAUCUUAAACCCCCCUUAUCUUCUCCUACCCCUCUCCAGAUAACCCCCACCCCCAGUCUAACUCCUCCUUCCUACUCCAUCAACCAUCAGCACUACACUGAACCUUGCUAGGUAGAAAAUCUCUGAGCUACUCAAUAUUCAAUGUAAAACUACUGCGCAGCUUAACUUGCAAGCAUUAAAAAGAACUGUGCCUGUGCAGACAGGAAGCACGUCGCUAGUGAGGAAGUGAUGUAACGCCGCGGCGGACCCUGACUGUCUGUGGGCGUGCCACAGGGGAAUGGAGGCAGGGUCGAGUGAACUAGACUGAAUCUAUGACCUGGUUUCGUCGUGUACAGCGAGCAGGGGGUGGAUGAUGGCUGUUAAUGUCACAAAAAAGCAAAUGUCUGUACUUAAAUCCACACAUUUCCCUGAAGGUAAAUGGAUAAUUUAAGAUGGGAAAGUUAAAAGAAAAGGAAAAAUGACAAAAAAGAAUAAAACCAACCUUUUGGGUGUUAUUGUGGCUAGUCGUAUCCUGCUCUCUUGCUCCACAGCUGUUGUAUGGAUAGAUAUGAGUUCAUUUUUAGAAGCUGGUAAUGGGUUUGUUGUUACUGAUUGGCCUGUUAUUGAGUUUUUCCAUUCACUUUACAAGUACUUCUGUCUGUAAGUUUCUGCAAUGCACUGAACUUUUAUUUUUUUUAAACCCAUGAGCAGGUUGAAAUAAAAGGAUUGGAACACUGAGCCAGCUGUGAUAAUUUGGUCUAGUUCACCCUCUUUUGAUCAGAUGCAUUUUUUGAACAGUUUUCUGUAUGUAUAUUCUCCUUAAGACAAGUACAGGCUCUCCCUGCUGUAUGGAACACGUUAGCCUCGCUUUUUAUAUCAAAAGAAAGUUCCCUCACUUACAGCAGUCCUAACUCCUUUUGUUGCACCUGUUCAAGCCACAAAGUGUUGAGGUCUCACAUUCACUUGUAAAUUUUGAUUAUUCUUAUCACUACUUAUUACUAUUAUUGAUAUUAAUCAUAGAAUGGCUGCUUUAACUCCGUACUAGCUUGACAACAGCACUGUAAGAGUUAUGUUAAGUGUCAUUGAGCUUCAGAAUUUAAAACUGGAGGUCUUUCAGAGGCCUCCUGAGAAAUAAUUCCUGAUUGUUCGAUAAGUUAAGAGAUACACUCUGAUGUGUUCUCACACCUUUAAAUCCCAAAAUGGCUUCCCAACUCACUGUUGGUGGGUUUUUUAAAAUCAACUGCAGAACAGCGUUUUGAGUUUCAAAACUGGAAUCUGGAGUGUGCCACCAGAAUAAAUAUGGACUCUUACAGUUUUCAUUAUAAUUUCUUCUGGCGCUUUGAGCGGUAUGGUUGAAAGCUCUAGGGGGGCAAAAAAAUACUUUUUUGGGGGGAAGAAUGAACUUUCACACCCAAUUUAAUUAUAAUCAGUUGAUACUAAAACAUUAAUUUACUACUGCAUCAUUUAAAUGCAAAAUUAAACUCAAAAGUGGGAAAGAAUGAAAAAUCUUUACAUUUUCUAUUUCCUUGUGCUGUUUAGAUACAUACAUUUAAGAUACAUUUAAUAACAGAAUUUUAAAAUAGAAUCACAAGUUUGUUGUUUGUGUCUCAAAAUUGAAGAGAUGUAAUGGAAACUGUAAAUUUAAAGCAGGAGAUAAAUUAGUUGUGAGAUGGAAUAUGAUAAGCAGAUAUAUCGGUAAAUGGAAUAAGUAAGUACAAUGUCAGUACUUAAUUACUUAAAAUGUUAUUCCACUUUAAAGUAUGAAAAUUGAAUUUAUAACUGAAUUUGUACUAUUUUUUUUAUUUUUUAAAUGUACCAAUUCAUGAAUGUUUUAUAGUUAAAGUCUAUAACUAUUCUUUUGGCACAUUUUAGACUCUCCAAAACUUCAACGCUGACUUGAGAGGAAGUUUUAGAGAGUAGGGGUUGGUGUAACAAAAUUAGGGGUUGCAAUUUUUAAUAGAGUGUAGCUGGGGAAUGUGGAAUGGAGAGGUUAUUAUAGAGCUGUGUUUGUCACUUUGUUCUCUUUCUUUGACUGCCAUAAAGUGCAUGUCAUAGUGUAAGCUGGAAACAGAUUCUCACCCUUUAUAUAGGCUGUAUCAUAUACUUGACCCUGACUUUUGUUUGAUAUGAUUAUUGCUUGUGAUUGUUUUAAUGGUGUUUUUAAACUCAGUAAAAACCAUCCCCACGGGCCCCAUAAUGUUUUAAGGGAUAUAUAUAUGGAAGUGAAAUGACAAGUAUGUUAGUGUUGCUGUUUAUUUCAUUGUGCCCCAAAGUAAGUUUGCUAGUAGUAAAUGUCCCCUGAUUACUAAAUGGCCAAUAGUGGAAGAUCAUCUUAUCAUUGCCUCUCAAUGCAGUAACUACUCAAACGACUACUACUACUCGGACAUGUGCCUGUGUGCUGAAUGUUUUCUCUGGUGGAACAUUCCUUCCCAUGCAUGCCCUUCACUGUGUGUCGUCUCACUGUGAUCGCCUCACAGAUUUCUUGGUUGACCCCUGUGUCUAAUUCAGACUCUGGGUGUUAAAGCCAAAAUAUGCAACGUUUCUGUUGGAGAUGCUAGUGUUGCCCCCCACCCCACCCACCCAGUCGGACAGGUCACGGCCCCGGUGCUGCACUCAUGUUGAUGAGCUGUCAGCAUGCCCGAGGCUGAGGAAGGCAGCAUCUGUAAAGGUGCUAAAGAAGCAGACAGUGAGUGGGGAAACAGGCAUGAAUAGAGACUGAUACUGUUAUUAUGCAUCUGGUUUAAUUAUUUGAAUAUGGAGAAGUUGCAUAUUGUAGCUUUACAAGGCUAUGUUGUCAUUUUCAUCUAAAAACUUAACUUCACGCACGCUGCUGGAACACAUUUGUGUUUACAUACAUUAAGUUUAUUUAAACAGUUCAGUUCAGCCUAAUAACAAGAAAACAUUGUGAGUGACCUUUUAAUGUUCAACCAGCGACCUUCAAGCUGUGCUAUAAAAGCUAACUAGCUUUCCAUACUCACAGCAUCUUUAAGUGAAACUUUAGUUCAGGAGAGGCCAUGUUACCUGUUCUAGUGUGCUACCAAGGCUAAAUAGAUCACUACUUCUCAGAAUCGUAGUUGGCUUAUUUCUUUAGAGUGUAAUAUAUAAUAUGAAUAAAAGUUGACCUAUUUUAUCCUGUUCCUUCACAGCAUGUUGCUUCUCUCUUUUUCCUGUUCGUCUGUGUUUUCAUCGGGUAUGGGAGUGUGUGGCAGAAGUGUGUUUGACUUUUUUUCUUUUUUUUUUUUUUUUGUCCCUGGCGAGUUUUGUUUUGCUUUUGACUCUUUACUGGUAUCUAGAUGUUGUUCACUAACAUCAGCUCUGUUUUGUAUUAGCUAUAACUUUGGUUCCAAUUUUUGAAGCUUUGGGAGAGAUGUUGCAGAAAAACAAGAAGAAAACUGAAAAAAAAGUAUGUGGUCUCUGUACUGAUGUCAAAGUGAAAUUAAUAAAAACAUGUCAAAGGAC